AUGGAUGCAGAUUUACAGCCAGUCAUUGUGAAGGAGAUUAUCACAGUGAAGAGUCAGGACUUCGUGAACCCAAUGGACGUGGGGCAGAAGACAGUGAACAGCCCAGAAGGUGCUGGCCCGGGACUUAUUGGAGGCAUCAGGCAAAGUCCUGACAAUGACCUCCCUCUGCAAGCCUCCUCCAAGCUGGCCAGGUUGUCCCAAUCUGCAUCCAACGAUGGCAAGGGCUUUGCAGCAGAGGAAGCUAGAACCUGCGCCCUGGAACGCUCCAGAACCGGAGGGUCCUGCAAGGUCAACAGCAGCACCCCAAGCCAUGGGACCUUCGCCCUGAGGAAGGACUCCACCGAGAGCUUUCCACUGAAGAACCAGGUCAUGGGUGACCUCAACGGGCAGAGUAACUCCGUGCCUUGCAGGAUUGUGCCCCUCCAGAGCGCAGAUGGGGACAGCCAACAGGCCUUCGGGACAACCACCCUGGAGCAGAAUAAUGGCAAGGAAGGUUGGGUAUCCAUGAGCCAGAGCACGGUGGUGCUGGGCGCAGAUGGCAACACGUCUGUUCUGCCUGGAAGCCUCACUGAGGACGAUGAUGAUGGAGAUGAGAAUAAAGUCAGAGGAAACUGGUCCAAUAAACUGGAUUUUAUCCUGUCUAUGGUGGGCUAUGCGGUGGGUCUGGGCAAUGUCUGGCGGUUCCCUUACUUGGCUUUUAAAAAUGGCGGAGGAGCUUUUCUCAUCCCCUACCUGAUCAUGUUGGCACUGGCGGGGAUCCCCAUCUUCUUACUGGAGGUGUCUCUGGGGCAGUUUGCCAGUCAGGGGCCCAUCUCUGUGUGGAAAGCCAUCCCGGCCCUUCAAGGCUGUGGAAUUGCGAUGCUCAUCAUAUCAGUACUGAUCGCCAUUUAUUACAACAUCAUCAUGUGUUACACCCUCUUCUAUCUGUUCGCCUCCCUGGUCUAUGUCCUGCCAUGGGCUUCUUGUACCAAUCCCUGGAACACACCAGACUGCAAAGAUAAGGACAGACUGCUACUGGAUUCCUGCAUCCUUGGGGAGCACCCAAGGAUCCAAAUCAAGAACAGUACGUUCUGCAUGACGGCCUAUCCGAACUUGACGAUGGUCAACUUCACCAGCCAGGGGAACAAGUCUUUUGUCAGCGGGAGUGAGGAAUACUUCAAGUACAAUAUGUUGAAGAUUUCGGCCGGUAUUGAGUAUCCUGGUGAACUCCGGUGGCCUCUUGUCUUCUGCCUGUUCCUGGCCUGGGUCAUUGUCUACGCCUCCCUGGCCAAAGGGAUCAAGACCUCUGGAAAGGUUGUGUAUUUUACAGCCACGUUCCCUUACGUGGUCCUCGUCAUCCUCCUCGUCCGAGGGGUGACCCUGCCGGGGGCUGGAGACGGGAUCUGGUACUUUAUCACCCCCAAGUGGGAGAAGCUGGCGGAUGCCACGGUAUGGAAGGACGCGGCCACGCAGAUCUUCUUCUCUCUGUCCGCGGCCUGGGGCGGACUCAUUACUCUCUCCUCCUACAACAAGUUCCACAAUAAUCUCUACAGGGAUACGUUGAUUGUUGCCUGCACCAACAGCGCCACCAGUAUAUUUGCCGGGUUUGUCAUCUUCUCUGUCAUUGGAUUCAUGGCAAAUGAGCUGAAGGUGGACAUUGACAAGGUUGCUGAUCAAGGACCCGGCAUUGCGUUUGUGGUGUACCCCGAGGCUCUCACCCGCCUUCCUCUUUCCCCUUUCUGGGCGAUAAUAUUUUUCCUCAUGCUGCUUACUCUGGGGCUGGACACAAUGUUUGCCACCAUUGAAACCAUAGUGACUUCCGUUUCCGAUGAAUUCCCCAAAUACCUGCGUACCCACAAGCCGCUGUUCACCUUAGUGUGCUGCUUGGGGUUCUUCGUCGCGGGGUUCCCCAUGAUUACGCAGGGUGGGAUCUACAUGCUGCAGCUGGUGGACACGUACGCCGCGUCAUAUUCUCUCGUCAUCAUCGCCAUCUUCGAGCUGGUUGGGAUUUCUUAUAUUUAUGGUCUGCAGAGAUUCUGUGAAGACAUCGAGAUGAUGAUCGGAUUUCAGCCCAAUCGCUUCUGGAAGGUUUGCUGGGCUUUCGUCACGCCGACUAUUUUAACCUUUAUCUUGUGCUUCAGCUUUUACCAAUGGGAGCCGAUGACUUACGGUAGCUACCAUUACCCGUCGUGGUCCAUGAUCCUCGCGUGGUUGAUGUUGAUUUGUUCCGUCAUCUGGAUUCCGAUCAUGUUUGUCAUCAAAAUGCAUCUGGCUCCGGGCAAUUUUAUUGAGAGGCUUAAAUUGGUGUGUUCCCCACAGCCGGACUGGGGCCCGUUCCUGGCCAAGCAUCGCGGGGAACGUUACAAGAACAUGAUCGACCCGCUGGGUACCUCCUCACUGGGACUGAAACUUCCCGCUAAGGAUUUCGAGCUAGGAACACAGUGCUAGUAUAUAUGGUGUCUGUACCUUUGCUGUACAGUCUUCACCCAUUAGUCACGAUGUCCUCCUCCCUCCCUCACUUCUUUCUCCAACAGUGCAGGUGGUCUCUUAGAUAUACUGUAGGACCCCCCUUGUUGCAUGCAGUAGCCGAACGCCUAUACCGACCACCCUGCUACUCGUUGCUUCCCUCUAGUGUCCAUAACAUUUUGUUUGACUGCCAAAUAUCAGCAGUGCCUCGACAAUGAUUGUCCAGCUGCAGAGAAAUAGUUUAAUUUUAUAAGAGGAAAAAUGUGUAGAAAUAACGAUGACUCCACAACACUAUCUACCCUGCAUCAGAAGUAUU